CAUCCCUGUGACUCUCUGUCAGGUGGAACACAAUUACGGAGCGGCAGAUCACCGAGUGAAGUCAUCGUAGCUCGUCACCAUAACCAACCACCCUUUGCUACCUCCUAGCUGCCUCUAGCUGCUAUUCUCCUACUCAUAUUAUUGGUUACAGAGAGAGAGAAGCAAAAACUCACAAAUCAAAUCGAAAUGCUCCGCGAUGGAGAAGAAACCCCCUCCAGAUUCGAAUUGUUGAGCAUGGUGAAGAAGCAUUCGAGCUUGUUAGGGAAAACCGUAGUUGACGCGGACGAUGUUUCCGAUGUCGAAAUGGACCACAAAUUUUGGCAUGAUGUAUUGGAUUUGUAUUUCAUUCGUGGCAAGGACUCCAGGGGACGCCAGGACGAUGAUCUCGUGUUCUUUGUCAGAAAAUUGAGUUCUUAUGGGCAUGGUUCCAGUGACGAAAGUGUUUCUCCUUACUUUGUACGCAGGUGGGCACCUAAGUUGGAUAAUUUGAUCGGUGAAAAUAAUGUGGAGGUGGAUUGGAGGCGUUCGUAUUACUUGAACUUGAUUGCUCACACUUCAUUUACUGUCACAGUGGCUAUUUGCAGUCAUCAGGACCUUCGGAAUCAUCAAGCUGAGCAGGGUACACCAUUAUCUCCAAUAUAUAAGGUUGUAAAGACUGUUUAUGCAUCUCCAAGCCGUGUCAAUUUUCAAUUGGACUCAAGAAAGGAAGUGGAGACAACACCUGCUUAUCCAGAUAUUUGUUUCGCAAUCGAUGACUUCGACUCCACCUUUGAUGCUGUGGUCUUGACUGAAACAGACCAUUGCUAUUGUGUAAUUCUCAAUGCACAUGAUGGGGCAGCAUUUCCCAGGGUAAAGGAAGAAGAUGGUUGCAGUUCCAGUGAUAGUUCCUCUUUGAGGGUUGAGACUAAUUAUUCAAAGACAAAAAAUACUAUUGAUAGUUCCUCCUUGAGGGUUGAGACUAAUUAUUCAAAGACAAAAAAUACUAAGCUGACUCUUUUUUCAGGAUUUGUCAGCUAUCAAAUGGUUCGAGAUGCAUAUGAUGCUGGCAAGUCUCGAUUUGGGAAUCUUCUUGGUCAUUCCCCUGGCAAACAAGACAGACUUUACAUGAAAGGUCCUGGAGGACGUGGUGAAGUUGAAGUAGCUGUUUCCGGUGUUGCAGAUCAAAGCCAACAAGAUCUAGGUCCUUUUUCACCUGUUAUAUCCAAGCAAGGAUUUGGAAUUGGCUCCAUUGUUCGUAAAGCGGCUUCUGUUGCAUCUGUGGCUGCAAAGAAUGCCUAUGCAGCUGCUGCUUCUAGCCAUAGUUUUGAUGAUGAGAUGGUACCUCUCAAAUGCUGCUUAAUGUCCAUUACAUUACCCUGGGAGCACAUUGCAUAUGAUCUUCUCUUUAAGGGUACUCCUCCAGUAAACUUGUAAGCAUGCAUCUUAUGUACUUCUCACUGGUGAUGAAUAUCAUAAAUGAGUAUGCACCUGCAAGAUGCAAACGUGAGACGAGCAGAGAUGUCCUGUGAUCAUUGUAAAGAUUGUAAUCCACUUGUAUAUGGAGACCUCUUGCUCUCCGUAUGCGUAUACGGUGCUGGCCUAGAGCUGUUUGUAAUUAAAUGUAUUGUACAACACUAUUUUUUUCUCUCUUUUUUGUUUCUGUUUACAAAACUCAGCAACAUCUUCAUGAUCAAUAUACUUUUCCAGGUUCAGUGAA